AUGUCCAACAGCGACUAUUACGGCAACAGUGGUAACACCAACUAUGCCCAGGGUGGUUACCCUCAGCAGCAGCAGUAUGCCCAGCCCCAGUAUGCUCAACAGCAGCAAUACUCUCAACCACAGUACUCCCAACAACAGCCUCAAGGCUACGGCAACUACCAACAGCAGCCCCAAUACGCCUCCCAGCCUCAGCAACCUAGCUACAACUCCCAACCCCAGCAGGGCUACAGCCAAGCCUACCCUCAGCAAAACGAUGGCCAGUACGGCGCCCCCGGCUACCCUCAGCAAGGUGGUGCCCCGGGACAACCCGGUCCUGAUGGCGAACGCGGUCUCGGAGCUACUCUCGUCGGUGGAGGAGCCGCUGCUUGGGCUGCGCGCACCGCUGGAGGUGGCUUCUUGAGCAGUCUCGGUGCUGCUGCGGCUGGUGCCAUCGGUGCCAAUGCUCUCGAGAACAAGUUCAAGAAGGGCAAGAAGGAUAAGAAGCACAAGAACCGUGGUAUUGAUGACAGUGACUAA